AUGAAGACUUUGGCGUGUGACUUAAUUUUCCAAUUUAAAGAACCAGUCGAUUCAGCCAAGAUGACGCUAGAACAGCCAGCUGGUGAAAUGUGGCAGAAGAUUCGCGAGGAGUUGAACGAGAAGGCUGACACUAAAGAGGCCGACCUUGCACAGAUCAAGGAGUGGCUGAAGCAGGAACCUCAUCUACCUGAUGAGUUUGAUGACCAGCGUAUCAUAACUUUCCUCCGUGGAUGUAAAUUCUCUUUGGAGAAGACCAAACGUAAACUGGACAUGUACUUCACCAUGCGUUCAGCGGUCCCAGAGUUCUUCAAUGACAGAGAUGUCACUCGUCCUGAGCUUCAAGAAAUUUUAAAUACGGUUCAAAUGCCCCCACUGCCCGGACUCACUCCACAAGGCCGGCGGGUUAUUAUCAUGAGAGGUGUUGACAAGGACAUUCAGACGCCGAAUGUAGCGGAUGUCUUCAAGCUAGCCCUCAUGUUGGGUGACGUCAGAUUGGCAGAAGAGACAGAAGGAGUUGCCGGCGACGUAUACAUUCUAGACGCAUCUGUAGCCACUCCUACACACUUUGCCAAGUUCACACCAACUCUCGUCAAGAAAUUCCUAGUCUGCGUACAGGAGGCAUACCCUGUGAAACUGAAAGAAGUGCACGUCAUCAACGUGUCUCCUCUUGUUGACAAGAUCGUCAAUUUCGUCAAACCUUUCAUCAAGGACAAGAUCAAAGAAAGGAUCUUCCUUCACACCGACACCAAUGAUCUCUACAAAUAUGUUCCUAAGGAUAUGAUGCCGACCGAAUAUGGUGGUAACGCUGGCUCCAUGAAUGACCUUCACAAUGAUUGGGUUAAAAAACUAGAAGAAUACAAAGACUGGUUCGCGGAACAAGAAAACCUAAAAGCCAACGAAACCCUGCGACCUGGGAAGCCUACCAACUAUGAUGAACUCUUCGGUAUCGAUGGCUCUUUCCGCCAACUCGUGAUAGAUUAA